UUGGUGACGUCACGGAUGUUAAAAUGGCGGUUCCAACGUCUGCUUUGAAUUUUCGUUCGUGAUCUACCGCUCACAGUUUAAAAAUAACAUCACGGAGAUCAUGUUUUGAGAGGAAUUGUUAACGGAUGAAACAAAACACUCCUGUUAAUCCAGAAUGGAUUCUGUGGUCGGAGAGGAUCAAACCUUGCCGUUUGACAUCAAUAUGAGUAUUUCCAGACUGCCAGAGUCUCUGAACGGCAGCAACUUCAGCAUGGACAACAUUACAGUUCCUCUAUUUCCAGAGCAGAGGAUGUCUCCAGCCAAAGCUUUGACCAUGAAAGACUAUGAGAAUCAAAUCACCGCUCUGAAGAAAGAAAACUUUAACCUGAAGCUCAGGAUCUAUUUUCUGGAGGAACGUGUACAGCAGAAGUGUGAUGAUUCAACAGAGGACAUUUAUAAAACGAACAUUGAGCUAAAAGUAGAAGUGGAAUCAAUGAAACGAGAUCUGGCAGAGAAACAGGAACUGCUUGUGUCUGCAUCAAAAGCGCUGGAGAGUUUAGCCAAUCGAGGUGUUGAUGAUGGCAGAGAGCAGAUGCAGAGAAAAAUGGACUCGCUCAGAGAAGCGUUUAACGCUCGGAUUCAAGAACUGGAGGAGUCUCUGCACGCGGCUCAGGAAGAACUGGAAAACAUGGCCAUCAUUGCAGAACAGGAGAAGGUGAAGAAUAUUGGGUUGGAGAAAGAGCUACAAGCUGCCAACCAAUCAGGACCCUCUGGAAAUUCAGACUCCGCCCCUGAGCGGGUUAAAGAGCUUCAGAAGGUUCUUCAGCAGAAGGAAAGCGUUAUUCAGCAGCUGCAGGUGUCACUUAAAGAUCAGGACACCUUGAUUGGACAGCUUCGGGGGAAUGACUCGGAUAAACCAAAAGCAGAGCAGAUGGCCCAGUUGAACACACUUAUUGGACAAAAAGACAAACAAUUACAAGCUCUUACAGAAGACCUAGAACGUGAGAGAGAAAAUGCAGAAAGAGACAAACGGUUGUGUGUAGAAAGACAGUCUGAAUUGAGCACAUUGGAGCAGAAGACCCGACAACUGACUGAAGAACUCAAAACUGCCAUGAGCAACAGCCAACGUCUUAAACACAAACUAGAGGAAAUAGAGAAAGACAACAAGGCUCUUUCUGAUGAGCUGCAGGAGAAGGAGGGCGAGCUGGCAGCGGAGAAGAAGAACUCUAUGAAGCGAGACAAAACCAUCCAGGGACUCAGUCUGGUUCUCAAAGAGAAGGAGAAAGAGAUUGAAGAUUUAUCUCAUGAUCUUGAGGAGAGGGAUCAGGCUCUGGCUAAGGCGAGAGAGGCUUUUCAUAAAGCCAAACUGCAAAAAUAUCAGGGAGCUGAAGAUCAGCAGUCUUUGCUCUUGGAGCAGCAGGCUGAAUUGUCCAGACUUCAGACUGAGGCUCGUUCAUCAUCGCUGGAGGUUCAGAGGCUGCAGCGUGUGCUGGGUAACAGAGAUUCAGAGCUCUCUCUCCUCCAGCAGGCCAGAGGAGAACUGGAACAGGAACUAGAACAACUACAACAGCAGAAGAAGAAAGGAGACAAAACGAUUAAUGAUCUGCAGAACCAGUUAAAAAAACUAAACAGUGCUCUGGCGGACAGAGAGAACGCUCUAGAACAACAGCGUCUAGAACAGCAGGAACAGAAUCGAGCUUUAGAGCAAAAACUACAUAACACUAAAGAACGUCUCACAGCCAGUCUGAAUCAUAAAGACCAGCAGCUGCAGGACUACAUGAACAUGGUGAAAGAUCUGGAGAAGAACAGAAAUCAAGAGGGGGGUGAUGCCAUGGUGGCCAAACUCAGAGCCAGACUGAAGGAGAAAGAGAAGGCUCUGGAGGAAGCACUAGAUGAAAAGUUUGCAGCCGUGGAGGAGAAAGAAAAUGAGAUUCAUCACUUAAAGCUGAGCCUGAGAGAGAAAGAGAGAGAUGUGGAACGUCUCAACAACCUGCUCUUACACAAUGAGGAGACCAUUAAUAGCUUUGAUGCUUUCAUAAAGGAGCGAGACCUUGAGCUGCAGCAGCUGUUGAACUCACUAAAAAAUCUUCAGAGGUGUAAAGAUGAGACCGAGGAGAACCUUCAGAGAGCUUUGAGAGAGAAAGACUCCAUUAUACAACACUUACAGCAAGCACUGGACAACAAGACUAAAGACCUGGAGGAGCUGGCCAAUACAGUCCUGAGCCAGUCGGAGUCUCAGGGGCGAGACCUGGCAGAGCAGAUGAGUCAGAGGUUAAAGGUCUCAGAGGUGAUGAUGUCUGAAGCAGUAAAGGACAGAGAGAGGCUGGUGUCUGAGAAUCAGACCGCUGUUCAAAACCUACUGGCCACCAUCAGCAGCAAAGAUCAGCUACUUAAGGAGACUGCAGAGCGUCACACACAGGCUCUGAACGAUCGUGCAGGUGAAUUACAGGAUCUGCGCAAACAGCUAGCCGACAUGCAGCAGCAGCUGAGAAGCGCACAGAGAUUGAGUGCUACGGCAACACAGGAGGGUCACCUGGAGCACGCUGAACUCCGUACCAUGUUGUCAGAGAAAGACGCCUUCAUCAACAAGCUGUUAGAACGUGGACAGGAGAAAGAUCGUAUUAUUUUGGAAAUGAAGAGUGGUGAAGCUCCGCCCCCUCAGGUACUGGAGCUCAGACAGACCAUUCAAGUGCUACAGGAGAAACUCAGUGAGAGAGAAGCUGAACUGACCAGGCGAAACAGUGAGGAAACGCUGGAUCAAACUGCAGUGAGUAAAAAAUCAGCUGUAGUUUUGAAGAAAGAGCUCGCACAGAAAACCGAAGCUCUCAACGCAGCACUGAAGAGGGAGAACCAACUCAAGAUUUCUCUAGCAGAGCUUCAGUCCACGGUCUCAGAACUGGAGGCGAGAUUAGAGGGACAGACAGCCAAUAUCGACAGUCUUACGUCCACACUGAACACUAAAGAGGAGAUCAUUAUUGAACUGCACCAGCGUUUCGCUCAGCGAGGAGAUAGCCGGCUGACUUUGAUCCGGGAACAAGCUACCCAUCCUGGUGUGAACGAACCCAGUCUCUCUUCUCUUCCUCAGAGAGAAAGUACUCUCAUUGGAGGUGAUAGCCAGCGCAAGGAUCUAUCAUCUCUGUCCGAUUUGCUGGCUGAGCAGGUGGAGUUAAACCGUGCACUGAGAGCCGAGCAGAAUCUCUAUUCCAGCCUGAUCAGAGCUGUUAAACAGCAUGACAAUGUCGAGAGGCUACAAGCGCUGCAGUUAGAGCUCACAGCCGUGUCGCUCCUCAGACAACAGCUGGAAAGUGGCGUUCAGAUGAAUGAGAAGCUGAGAGAUGAGCUUCAGACAGAGAUACAAAGAGCCAAGCAGACAGAAGGUUCGAACCCUUCUGAGUUAGCGAGCAUGCGUGAUGCCCUCGAGGAAGCUCAGCGCUGGAACGCCUCACUGCAGGCCCGACUCGGACAGAUUCAGAACCGAGGAGGAGGGGUCGGGCAGGCCAACGAUUCCAUGGACACACUGAGUUUGAUUGGCGAGCAGACAUCCUAUAUGAGUAUAUGUUUGGGCGAGGGGCCAGACGAUGAGUUUCAGCACCUGAGUGUAGAACAACUGCGACUAAAGAUCUUGGAGCUGCAGGCAGUGAAUGCUGAACUACAAAAGAAGAUGGAGCUGAUGGAGAAGGGCAUUGUGGGUAAUGAUCCAAGAGACUCUCAGACAGAACCAGACCUUAUCAAUCUUUCAACUCCUAUCAAGCAAACACAGGAAGACCAGCCGCCUGCCCCUAAAGCUGAACCUCCAAACAUGAAGGAGACAUUGGAUGAGGAACAUCGUUCUUCGGAGUCUUGGGGUGAAACUAAUCAGACAUCACAGAGAGAUCGAGUUGCCGUACAACCUGCAUCCAAAUUUCUCAGAGAUGAACCCGAAAAAGCAGAACUCCAAUCACUCCUCACGGAUUGUGGGGCGGAGUCGGUUUCUCAACUAAGGGAGCAAGUGGCCAAACUCCGCAUCGAAGCAACUCAACUUCGUGGACUUUUAAAGGAAGAACAUGCCGCAGAGUCCAAAGAAAGCGCAGAGAGUUCUGGAGAAAGCGACAGCCACGGAGACCUACGGCAAACCGUCAAGAUGCUUCGCUCGGAAGCCAGAAGUUACCGAAAGGUCAUCCGACUGCUCAAAGAGCAGCUCCAGCAGAAAUCAGGCUCUGCUGAUGGAGGCGCUCAAUUUAAUCCAGAGAUAAACAUCAGUGUUGCCAGUGGUAUGGAAAGACUGCAGACAGAACAUGAAGAUUCCCAGAGACACCCUAGCUCCCUGGAAAAACAACAACAACAAGGGAAAGAGAGCAAACAGGGUGAAAAGAAAGAUGCGCAGGAGAAAGGAAGAAAAGAGGGUAAAUCCACAAAAGUCAGCAGGAGCCCAAAACAGCACAUGGCCAGACAUGCAGCAUAUGUGAAAUCUCGGCUACCGGUUCCUGUGAGGUCCAGUAAAAGCUCUGGACAGAGUUCUGAGGAUCUAAGUGAGGUGUUAUCGGACUUUGUUCACCCCUGGCGUCGAGGCCUAAGGGCAGCUGAAGAGUCAGACUACAGCUCAGACAGCAAGACAUCCUUAAAGUCAGCUCAGCACGAACACUUGGAAUUAGAUCAUGCUAAGGACCCAAGUUCAGCCACAGGAAUGAAACCAAAGGUUGAUGUUGGACAAAACACAGACCAGAAUCUGGAAUCUGAGCUCAUGUUGCAGUUAGAAUUGCUAAAUCAGGAAUGUCAGGAGAAGGAGGAGCUAAUCUCCCACCUGCAGCAACAAGUCCAGGAAUGGGAGGAGCUUCGGGUACAGCUACAAGAGAAAGACAGGCUCAACCGAGAAUACCUGGAGGCCUUGCAAGCUGCAGAGACCACCAUUGCGUACCUCACUGCAUGUAGCUUGGACUCUGAGUGUGGUCUGGGUCAGACGGGAGAUGUGUCAUUGCAACAAAGGUGUGCAGAGCUUCAGAAGGCUGUUGAGGAGAAAGACAGAGUCAACACUCAACUGUUGGAGUGCUUGACUACAGCAGAGUCCACGAUUGAAUCACUACACGGUGUGGACACAACGAGUUGCCAGGCAAGCCGAGCACCUGGACAGGCAGAUCCCCAGGUUGUUUGUGAGAGAUUAAAAGACCUAAUUAGACAGGUAAAAAGUUCUCAGCAGAAAGAGGUCGGUAUCCAAGAACCGUCAGGUGUCCCCCAUGGCCCAGGUCUAGGCCCUAACUCAGUUCUGCAGCAGCAGGUGGACUCACUGCGAGAGUCACUGUUGCAGCAGUGCAGGAUGAAUGAGGAGCUGCAGGAGAAGCUCAGGACUUCAGAAGCAGUUGCAAAACAGUUGAGUGAAACAAACAACAGUGCCCUCACAAGUCUGGAGGAGAGUGACACUCAGGGGCCCCAAAAUGGAAAGGUCCCAUCAUGGCAACAUCAGCGGUUGAUGGACUGUCUGUCUGAAUGCAUAAGUGCUGCUGAAGGUGCUGUCCAGUCUCUCGCAGAUGUCUGCUCAAGCCAAAACAAGUCACCUAAUCCAGAGUUAAAGCAAUGGCUGGAAAGGCUACAGCGUGCUCUGCUGGAGAAAGAGUCUUUGGAGGAUCUGGCUAGCACCAAGAAACACCAACAAAAGACCAGCACACCCAUUCAGCAGGCACAACAGGACCAGGACAGCUCAAAACCAUUACAGCAACAGAAUUUACUGAAGCCUGUAUCCUCACAACAGAAUCUUCACAAGAACCUCUUGAUGCUUCUUAAAGUUUAUACAGAAGGUUCUCAGAACAUAAACAAACUAGACGAGGGGGUUAAAUGUGAAACCGGAGGUGGAGAUGCACCUGAAAAUUACUUGUUGGAGAGAGACGCCCAGAUCGAAAGUUUGCAGAAGGCCCUGAAGGAAAGACAAAGGGCAUGCCGAAAGUUGGAGGAGAAACUGGCAACAGCUCAGUCCGUCAUCGCUGUGCAAAGCUCAAACAAGGAUAAACAAUCCGAUCAGCGCAAAGCGCCCCCUGGCGAACAGGAUGAUAAAGGGGUGCAGGUGGAUGCGCAGGACCUUGGGUACGAAACGAGCGGAAGGAGUGAAAUGGAAAGAGAGGAAGGAAGUAGCACAGAUGUGGACGGUGUUCUUCGAUUGGUUCCCGUCCUGUCUCCUGUCGCUCAGGACAGAUUUUCUCCUGACACUACAACGUCCAGUCCGUCAUACCCGAGCUCUCCGGGCCUGAGCUCCCCUAGACCCUGCAACUCUAGUGCUGACCUCUGCGACCCUAACACAGAUCCUGCCCUGCUCCGCCAGCACCUCCAACAGCUCCGAGCACAAGUCGAAGGUCAACACAGAAUCAUCCAGAACCUCCAGCAGCAGCUGCGGAAGAAGUCUUCGUCGUCUGAGCUCCUGAGCGUGACCUCUGAACCAAUAGGAGGUGAGGAAGAAGAGAAUAGAAAGCGGAUGAAGGCUCAAAUCUCACAACUAAGUGCUGAGCUGGAGAAAGAGAAAAGCCUGAACAGAUCUAGCCAACCAGGAUCUCCAUCUAGGAUCGAGUCUCUGGUCCAGUCUCAGGCCCGUGAGUUGAGUGAGCUGAGGGAACAGAUCCGUGUGUCUCGUGGUUUGGGUGUUGAACAGCGUAAACAGAUGCUGGAGCUCAGAGGAGCUCUUGAGGACUUACUUCAGCCCAGCGAGACUCGCUCUGCUCCGGGCACUCAACUCCGAGAGCAGCUGGACCGCAGCCUGAGCCUACUGACGAAACUAGAACAGGUUUCUACAGGAGGUCCUUCUAUGGAAAAUGCGGAACGUGCAGAGUCAGAGGUGACACUAAGACUAUCUGCUGAACUUCAGGAGAAAGAGAGACUUGUUCAGGCUCUGCAGAACCAACUGCAAAACCAAGUUCCCACAAUGCACCAGUUCUCAGACUCUGAGAUGAGUGACAGGCUGUCCAAUGAUGGCACCAACUCUAUCCACAGCAGCCCCCCUCCUCUUCGUAGACAAACAACUCGCACAGAUAAGGGACUGGUACACAGAGGCGUGUCUAUAGAAGUGGGCGUGUCUGAAGGUGGCGAGGGGAGCGUCCGCACGGUGCAGCUGGAAAACAGGCGUCUGCACGAGCAGCUAAGGAGCAGCGACGAACUGAAUGCCACUCUCCGCAGUGAACUAGACCUCACACGCUCCAUCCUAAAACAGACAACAGACAAAUCACAGGAGCAACAGAAAACAACAGACAGCAAGGGCAUCAGUUCAGAUCUGUUGGCAGAACAUCUGCUGGAGAUCCGAGCACUGCGUCAGCGUCUUGAAGAGACGAUCAGAACCAAUGAGAGACUACGAGAACAGUUAGAGAGAAAAUUACUGGAGGCUGAGAAAGAUUCAGCAGCCACCAACAUCUUCAUCGCCGGUUCUGAGGAUCAAGGUCACAUCAACAGUGAGCUUCACUUCCUGUUGGCCCAAAACCAAACACUCAAAGAACAGCUCAACCAGGGUGCAAGAGAUAAACAGAAGGAGAACGAUCGUCUCCGAGAGACUCUGGCCAGACGAACAGCUAAACUGGAGCUCAGCAGAAAAGAAUGCGAAACACUCAAACAAGAGCGAAGUCAACUACAAGACAACCUGUACAGAUUGCAGUGUGAGAACAAUCAUCAGAGACAACAGCUGUGUGACACUCAGCAGCUUCUGCAAUCUGUGCGUCUGGAGCUACAAGUGCAUGAACACGUGAAGAGUUCAACACAGACUCACACAGCAGGAGAUGCUUCUGGAUCUGAUUGUGGAUCUGCAGUGAAUCUGAAUGAGCUCUUGGCUGAGAUCAGACAGCUGCGUGUGCAGUUAGAGAGAAGCAUCCAGACCAACACAACACUGAGACAGAGAUUAGAACAACAACUACUGAACACAUCCGACCAGAAAUCAACCAUUAACAUUAACUACCUGCUGACAAAGAAGGAAGUAGCUGUUAAAUCAGAUGUUCUUCAUUCACAUACAGACCUCUCCAGUCCUACAAAUGACGGCGGCAGUUCAAUGGAAAGUGCGCCAUCUCGGCUGGUACCGGGUCAUCGGAUCUGGGCGGAUCGACGUGGCCGCCAUGUUCUUGGUCUAAUGGAAGAUUAUAACGCCCUGCGCAAACAGAUGAGUGAAGCCCAGAGACUGACCAGAGAUCUGGACGCACAAAUACACGACUGCAGCAGGGUUCUAGAUCAGUUCCAGAUGAAGGGGUUCUCCAGCAGUGUCAGCACUAUGCAGCAUGUUCUAGAAGAAGCGUCAAGACUUCUUAAACUGUUCUGGAGAGUCUCAUUGCCCUCAGGAGACGCCACACAAACUCAACAGGAUGAGCUAUUGAAGAGCGAGAUCUCUCAUCUGAAGAGUCGUUUGUCUCAGCAGGAGCGAAUGCUCAUUGGAGCUGUUAAACGCCUCAGAUCCUCCAAUCAGCUGAAGGAAGGCAUGGAGCGUGUCAUCAUAGACCAGCUAUCUCUGACUCACGGUGUGCUGAAGAGAGCCAGAGGAAACCUGGAGUGUAACUAUCUGAAGGGUCUGCAGGUAGAAGGACGUCCCACUGAAUGGCCAGUGACCAAUAAGCAAACAGCUGUUCUGUCCGACUCACAACAUGAUGUGGAGAGGAAUUCAGUGUGUAGUGAAGAACACAAUGACGGUUCAUCACACUACAGCUGUUAGAAAUCAUCAUUUAAUUGUAAAUCCUUUAUGAUGAUGCUUCUUUCGACUUUUAAUUUAUUUUUUCUGAGGUACACCGAGGUAAUUUGACAAAUACUUGCACAUAUACAGUAAGCAAUGAACAUCACUGUAAAAGGGAAAGUUUUUAUUAGAAAAUAUUUUCUGCUGUAAAUAGUUUUGUUUUAUACUUUUUUUGCCCUUUAACUGGUUCCUUGUCAUCUUGCCUUUGCUGUAUUUGUUUAGUGAAGGUCUGCUUAUGUGUAUAUGAGUGAUUCAUGUGCAUUAAAAGAUUUUACUGUA